UCCCCUUCCUACUUCCGCAGUAGCUGGCUGCAGCAUCAGAGCUUCGCUUGCUGAUGUGCGAGAAGUGCUAGAAGCUACACGAUGUUCUGCAACCCUGCUGCUGGAGUUCUUUUAGUGUUUGCUUGGUUUUAUCCAAGUUACGCACUGUAUUUCCACAUUGGAGAGACGGAGAAAAAAUGCUUUAUUGAAGAAAUCCCAGACGAGACUAUGGUUAUUGGAAAAUACAGGACUCAGCUGUGGGACAAGCAGACGAGUUCCUUCCUCCCAUCCACCCCUGGCCUUGGGAUGCAUGUUGAGAUCAAGGAUCCAGAUACAAAAAUUAUUCUUUCACGUCAAUAUGGAUCAGAUGGACGGUUCACCUUCACUUCUCACACUCCUGGAGAACAUCAGAUCUGUUUGCACUCCAACUCCACCAAGAUGGCUCUUUUUGCAGGCGGGAAACUGAGAGUGCAUCUGGAUAUUCAGGUGGGAGAACAUACCAACAACUAUCCUGAAAUUGCAGCUAAGGACAAACUCACAGAGUUGCAGCUGCGAGUCCGACAGCUACUGGACCAAGUUGAACAGAUCCAGAAAGAGCAAAACUACCAGAGGUAUCGUGAGGAGCGGUUUCGCAUGACGAGCGAGAGCACCAACCAGCGGGUUCUUUGGUGGUCCAUUGCUCAGACACUCAUCCUCAUUGUCACCGGCAUUUGGCAGAUGAAACACCUCAAAAGCUUCUUUGAGGCCAAGAAACUGGUGUAAUGUCUAUGUGAGUGACGGCGCCAUUAGAAGUCAACAUGAGUAGGAGUAAACAGACUUGACUGCACUGGAGGAACACCCACCCACAGUGCAGAAACACCCAGGAGCAGACGUGUGAUCUUGAUAUCAGCCAUAAAUGAUACGAGCAGAUUCCCAGAGGCAUUGGUCAGUCCUGGGCGAUGUUUUCCUUUCAAAUGUUUAGGCUAUUGUUAUUUUUCCAUUAGCAACAAGACAGUAGCAAUAUCCCAGCUGCCUUUCUUGUUGUUUCUUGACAAUGCUGGUGAUGUAAUUUUUUAUUAAUGUACAAGACAAAAAAAAAAGGCUGCGUUAGUGAACCGAGAUUGUUUUUUUUUUGUUUUUGUUUUUUUUUUUUUUUUUUUGUGGCGAUACAGGAGUGAAUGACCACUGCAAUCGAUGUGUAAGAAAGAAAGAAAAUAUUAAAGGAAGAGUUGACCCAAAAACUAAAUUCAGUCAUUACCUACUCACCCCAUGACAAUAGAAAGCCAGGUUUCUCUGGCCACUAACCAUCGGUGGAGCUUCAUAGGAAAACAAAUGAAGACGUUGGGGACUCGUUUUAAGACGAGACGUGACACAGGCUUCCAGACAACAGGUAAACUCUGAACUAUGUAGAGGUCACAUAUUCUCUUUCAUAUUAUCAUCCAGCUACGCUUGGACACGUGUUCGAGAUCAUGCACCCACUUCAGGUGUUGUUAGAGUGCUGCAACACUUCUUUACUGUGAAGCUCCAGAAAUGUUUCGUGGACUAAGAAACUUCACCUGAAUUUCCGCUAGCAUGGGGGUGAGUGGAUAAGGACUGAAUUCCCAUUUUUUAGUGACCUAUACUUUUCAAGUUCUUACAAGUUAUUACUGAAAUGCGAUUUUAGGUAAGCAAUUUUUUUUGUCAUUGUUAGUGUUUCGUUUCACACAUAGUGUUUCACAUUGUUGUUUCGUUUCCAGGUCUGUCUUCUAACCACAUGCAUAUGUGUUCAAGUGGUCGCACUUAUGCAAAUAUCCUGAUCUUGAUCCCUUACAUGUUCGUGUGAUAACACUUUAUUUUAACCUCCGUGUUUAGCAUUUAUAAGCAGUAAAUAGGCCCUUAAUAAAUGGUUUAUAACACCCUAACACAAUUGUGAGCAGCAAUGAGGACAUUUCAUAGUGUUUGUUAAUGUCUUUGUGACGCAGAUGUAAAUGGUGAAUCAACAGUUGUGAACGUGCAGCUGCAGUGUGUUAUAAAGCAUUUAUUAACUACACAAGGACAAAUCAUUCACGGGCAGGUUCAGACCUGUGUAUGUACAGCAUGUGUUCAAAUCUCAUGAGCUCACAUUGAGUUCAACGUUCAUUCUUGAUUUCAGAAACAGUAGUCGUGUAAUUGCCAACUUAAGGUGCACUAGUUUUUCUUCCAGAGCUAAUGGAGUAGACUUAGUUGUGAUGGAUGGUGAAGAAUAUUUAUUUGCAAAUAAAUGAAUAAAUACAACAAUAUGCAUACAGUUAAUAUAGUAAAUAUUAUUAUAAAUACCUAUCAUGUUCAUUUAAUAAUGUUAGUCAUUAAAUAUACAUGUAUACACUACAGAUACUGUAAACACAUUUUGUGUUUAUUUAAAGGGACAGUUCACCCCAGAAUCACCUUAUACCUUCUGCUAUUUAGAAAUCUAGAUUGUUUUGGCGUGAGCUGCAAUGUUUUGUUCUCAUGGAAGUUUGAGCACCACAAGCGAAGGCCCCUCUGGUUCCAUUAUAUCGAAGACGAAACCACACGAAAGCAAACUAUGCCUUUAAUGCUUACAAAUGUGAAAUGGAGGGUCGAAAUAAAGUGCUACCACUGACCGUAUGUUGUUUUGAGCUAGACUGCAGCUUCCUGUACAUUUCACCAGAGCUAGACCUGUAGCUAGUUUGUGAUACGCGUAUGUUCGUAACAGGAUUGACUGUCAUUUUCUAAUGCCUUUUACACUGAUUGAUGUACAAGUUUUUCAAUUGUGUCACCGGCUUUGCUUGUUUCAUCAGUGUCAUAUAACUUAUUUAUUAAGCAGUCAUAACCUGCAUUACUGUUGAGCUUAAGCUAAAUUAAUUAGAAGGUACGGUCAUUUCAUCUAUUCUGGGUUCCAUUUAUCAGUGGAUUUAUUAUUGUAAUAUUCAUUCAGAAUGAGGAAAAAUAAUUAGUCGCUGAGUUAACAUUAUCAUUGUUGUACUUGUAAGUUUAAGUUUGAGUCCAGUUCUUAAAAUAUUCAAUGAUAUUUAUUUGUAAGAUUUUCAAAGUUGUUAAAUUAUCACUUAAAAUAUUCAAGUUUUUACCGUGACCCACGUCACCUCCAUGUGCUUAAUAAAGAAACUCUGACCAGAAA